AUGUCCACGAAGCUCGACAAGCACGACUCAUUCACGAAGGACGACCCGAACGAUGCUGACUUCUUCGGCCCUCGGCCGCCACCGGGCUAUGCCACACUCCGAGCAGCUCCUUCGCAGAUCUUGCUCCCUCUGACAGUCUCCAAUAAAUGCGGCCAAGCAUUUCGGUGGCGAGGCAACAAAGUCUGGGUCCUACGUAACGAGGGUAGUGGCACUCAAAUCUACGAAGGACAGAUCGAAUGGUCGCUAUGCCUGUCCGAUCGAGUUGUGCUCUUGCAACAAGACGAGCAUCAAGGCUUCCUCUAUCACAAGACUCUGCUUCCCUCAACGCGAGGUCGCGACAGCAUGGAAGUGGCAGCAAUCAACAAAGAGACAGAGAGAUGGCUUAACGACUAUCUCAACCUAGAUGUGCCACUCGAAGCUUUGUAUGCCGAAUGGGAAGCCAAGGACCCGGUGUUUGCCCGCUUCGCCACUCGUUUCACUGGCCUACGCAUGCUGCGACAAGAUCCAUGGGAGUGUCUCUGUGCAUUUGUUUGCAGCUCGAACAACAACAUUGCUAGGAUCGGACAGAUGGUGCAGAAUCUUUGCACGCACUUCUCAUCGCCUCUUUUGGAGCAUGUCUAUCUUCCUCCACCGGAGUCUGUCAAAGCAGAAGGAGGAGAUGCUGAUGCAGUAGGGAAGGAUGUGGAGCAAGGCGAGGUGAGGAUUGCAUACCAUCCCUUCCCACCUCCAGAGGCUCUCGCCAAGCCAGGAGUGGAGGAGAAGUUGCGAGAGCUCGGCUUUGGUUACAGAGCAAAGUACCUGGCUAGGACUGCGCAGAUGCUAUGUGCGAAGCAUGGUCAGAAGGAGUCAAAUGUAGGUUUCGGUGCAACGAAGAAGGCAGAGCAUCUGAAUGAGUCUCACUGGCUGUAUGGAAUCAAAGCGGAGGAUGAUGACACCUUCACUCUGGCUCAACAGUCGAUCACUGCUUCGCUGACCUUGGUAGCCGAUGAAGGAAGGCCUGCGAAGAAACGCGCUCGUGGUUCUCGUACAAGUCGCACCUCGUCAACCGCCUCCACUCGCACCAGCUCCUCGACACACUCUGCUACUACGCCAACUACUUCCAGCGCCACAUCCGAAGAGCCAGAGCAGACCUUUGGCUCUGUCCGGUCGUACCUACAACACCUCCGCACGACCUCGUACCGCCAUGCACGCUCCGAACUGAUGCAAUUCCCAGGUGUAGGACCCAAAGUAGCCGACUGCAUCCUUCUUAUGUCUCUCGAUCAAGCCUCGAGCAUCCCGGUCGAUCGACAUGUCUUUCAAUUUGCAGAGAAAUGGUACAAGUUGCGGACAAAGAAGUACGAAGAGAUCGCGGAUCACUUCAGAGACUUGUGGGGAGAGUAUGCUGGCUGGGCUCACAGCGUGCUGUUCACUGCUGACUUGAGGUCGUUUGCAAACUACGGUGUGGCGAGCAAGAGGGAGGAGAAAGUUGAAGCAGGAGUUGAUGGCGGUAGUGAAUUCUGGGGUGAAGGAGCGAAUGGAUAUCCUACACCGCCGUCCAGUCAGAGUGUGAUUGUGAAGGAGGAAGGAGAAGAGAAGUUGCAAGCUGUUCAUUCGCCUCCAAGGGUUGCCAUUCCUGAGUUGGUGCCACAGUCGUUGAACUCAGGAAAUUUGAUGGAGAAGGCGGAAAGUGACCCUGGAGCGACAUUGGCCGAGAGGAUCAAGAGUCGGCCUAAGCGCAAGAGCCGUCUCAGCUCCGUAUACUACUGUGUAUAG